CCCUCCCUCCCUCCCCCGCGGCCGGCCACCCACGCCGUUGCUGCUGUUCUCGCCCUCUUCUCUCGUAGGUGCCGUCGGAGCUUGCUUUUGGGGAGGUCGUGCGGCAUGAUCUGCUGACCGACCCCAAAUCAACCCCGGCCGCGCAUCGACCGUCGCCGCCAUCCAGUCCGGCGAGGAGGAGGAGAAGGAGGAGGAGGAGAGGAACCGACAAUUAAAGAUGUCUUGCUGCGGUGGCGCCGAGGAGGACAGCUACGGCCCGCCGGCCAACCAGGCGGUUCCGCCACCCAAUGCCAAUGCCCCCGGCAACCGAGGUGGGCCGAGGGGACCGGGCGCGCCCAGGGUCGGCGGCCCCGCCAAGCCCGUGAGCAUCGACGUGCCCGCCAUCCCCUUCGACGAGCUCAAGAAGAUCACCAACAACUUCAGCGACCGCGCCCUCAUCGGCGAGGGCUCCUACGGCCGCGUCUACAACGCCACCCUCAGCGACGGCCGCGCCGCCGUCAUCAAGAAGCUCGACACCAACGCCUCGCAAGACUCCGACACCGACUUCGCCGCGCAGAUAGCGAUGGUCUCCAAGCUCAAGAACGAGUAUUUCCUGGAGCUCUUGGGGUACUGCUUGGAGGACGGCACCCGCAUGCUAGCCUACCAGUUUGCCACAAUGGGUUCUUUGCAUAACAUACUACACGGGAAGAAAGGAGUUCAGGGUGCGGAGCCAGGCCCCGUGCUCAACUGGGCUCAGCGAGUGAAGAUAGCUUACGGAGCAGCAAGAGGGCUAGAGUACCUCCACGAGAAGGUCCAGCCGUCGAUCGUUCACCGAGACAUCCGGUCCAGCAACGUCCUCAUAUUCGACGAUUUCAGCUCCAAGAUCGCUGAUUUCAACCUCACCAACCAGGGGACCGACACCGCCGCACGGUUGCACUCCACUCGUGUGCUAGGGACUUUUGGAUACCAUGCCCCAGAAUACGCUAUGACAGGCCAGAUCAACCAAAAGAGCGAUGUCUACAGCUUCGGCGUGAUCCUUCUAGAGUUGCUGACCGGAAGGAAGCCGGUCGAUCACACCAUGCCGAAAGGCCAACAAAGUCUUGUUACUUGGGCCACUCCAAGGUUGAGUGAAGAUAAAGUGAAGCAGUGUGUUGAUCCGAAGCUCAACAGUGACUACCCUCCAAAGGCUGUUGCAAAGCUGGCAGCAGUUGCAGCGUUGUGCGUUCAGUACGAAUCCGAUUUCCGACCAAACAUGACCAUCGUGGUGAAGGCGAUCACGCCUCUUCUAAAUGCACCCAAACCAGCCGCUCCAGCAGCAGCACCACAAUCCUGAUCAACCAGAUGACAGAAUUAGCCUGCUCAUAUCUGACUCCUGAACACGAUCGUAGAAGUAUGUUAAGGAACCACGCAUCCUUGCUCCAUCGAUCCAGCGCCUAUGCUUUUGUAAAAACCACUAAUCUGCUGGUACUGCAGGACACAUAUAGGGGAAUUUUGUAAAAUGUUAAUCCAGUACUCUGAA